UUGUUUCAAAUAUAUUCUAUAAAUUUUCCAAAAAAAAACACAUUUACAAUAAAAGUUCUAACCAAUUUAGGUUAUCGUUCCGAUGGUCGAUUAGCUAAAGAAAUACGACAUAUUUCCUAUGAAACAGGUAUCCAAAGGCAGGCACAAGGAAGUGUUUCAUGGAAACAAGGAUUAACAGAGGUAAUUUUUUUUUUCUAUUGUCCAUGUAGAAAUAAAAGUCGUAUGCGUCGUGAAGAAGUUUAUCUUAAUAUUGUUGUCAAUCAACUACCUUUUGCUACCAGAGAUAGGAAAAGAAACGAAAAUACAAAGCGUGAUAGACAACAACAAUCUAUCUCACGUUUUCUUGAAUCAGUAUUUAGAAAAUGUGUUGUUACAGAACUCUAUCCAAGAUCUCAAAUUGAUAUCUAUAUUGAUAUUUUAUUAAAUGAUGGUUCUGUCAUGGCUGCUUGUAUGAAUGCUGCAUCCGUAGCUUUGGCAACAUCUUCAAUACCAAUGAGAUAUGUUCCAACAACAGUUACUGUGGGAUAUUGUGAUAGUGAUUAUGUUCUUGAUUUAAAUGCUGAUGAAGAAACAAAAAAUGUUUGUAGAUUAACAAUUACAACAAAAAAUGGAACAGAUAAUAUAGUUGCAAUUGAUAUGCAAAAAAAGUGUGAAACAAAUGUUUUUGAUAAAAUGUGUAAAUUUGCCUCUGAGGAAUCAUCACAAAUACAUAGCAUUCUUUCGGCAACAAUGUUUCAUUAUGCAGAAACUUGUAUUGGUUUGGAGUCAAGAUUUUAA